ACAGACAGGGGACUGUCAGCUGGUGCCGGAGGAGCUGAGCGACAAGCCAUCAGCGACUGGAAACAGCUGAGGGGGAGACCCUUCCCUGCCAGCCCUGUCCCCUCCCCAGCCCCAAGCAUGCUGCUGAACAGAAUGUCCGCAGACGACCGGCACCUGGUCUCCAGCUGCGGCUCCUUCAUCAAGACCGAGCCGUCCAGCCCGUCCUCGGGCAUCGAUGCCCUCAGCCACCACAGCCCCAGCGGCUCGUCCGACGCCAGCGGCGGCUUCGGCCUGGCCCUGGGCGCCCACGCCAACGGUCUGGACUCGCCGCCCAUGUUCGCGGGCGCCGGGCUGGGAGGCACCCCAUGCCGCAAGGGCUACGAGGACUGUGCCAGCGGCAUCAUGGAGGACUCGGCCAUCAAGUGCGAGUACAUGCUCAACGCCAUCCCCAAGCGCCUGUGCCUCGUGUGCGGGGACAUCGCCUCCGGCUACCACUACGGCGUGGCCUCCUGCGAGGCCUGCAAGGCUUUCUUCAAGAGGACCAUCCAAGGGAACAUUGAGUACAGCUGCCCGGCCACCAACGAGUGUGAGAUCACGAAACGGAGGCGCAAGUCCUGCCAGGCCUGUCGCUUCAUGAAAUGCCUCAAAGUGGGGAUGCUGAAGGAAGGUGUGCGCCUUGACCGAGUGCGUGGAGGCCGCCAGAAAUACAAGCGACGGCUGGACUCAGAGAGCAGCCCGUACCUGAGCUUACAGAUUUCUCCUCCUGCUAAAAAGCCAUUGACUAAAAUCGUCUCCUACCUGCUGGUGGCUGAGCCGGACAAACUCUACGCCAUGCCACCGCCUGGCAUGCCAGAGGGCGACAUCAAGGCUCUGACCACUCUCUGUGAUCUGGCAGACAGGGAGCUCGUGGUCAUUAUUGGCUGGGCCAAGCACAUCCCAGGCUUCUCCAACCUCUCUCUGGGGGACCAGAUGAGCCUGCUGCAGAGUGCCUGGAUGGAGAUCCUCAUCCUGGGCAUCGUGUACCGCUCGCUGCCCUACGACGACAAGCUGGUGUAUGCUGAGGACUACAUCAUGGACGAGGAGCACUCCCGCCUCGCGGGACUGCUGGAGCUCUACCGGGCCAUCCUACAGCUGGUGCGCAGAUUCCAUGUACAUCGAGGAUCUGGAGGCGGUCCAGAAGCUGCAGGACCUGCUGCACGAGGCGCUGCAGGACUACGAGCUGAGCCAGCGCCACGAGGAGCCGCGGAGGACGGGCAAGUUGCUGCUGACGCUGCCCCUGCUUCGGCAGACAGCUGCCAAGGCCGUGCAGCACUUCUACAGCAUCAAACUGCAAGGCAAGGUGCCCAUGCACAAACUCUUCCUGGAGAUGCUGGAGGCCAAGGUCUGAUGGCCUGGCACAAGGACCGACUCCCACCCAAGGACAGACAAACCAGCGGGGAGACCUCCACAGCCACCAGCCUCAACAUUCAAGUCCUGUAUCAUGGCCACGAGCAGUCCCAGAGGAAGGGGCUCCUCGCCUCCUGGCUGUGUGCGGAGUCCUGGGUGCUGUGGGGUAGGGAACGGGGACGGGAGGGCAGGGCGCGGGGCUCAUCUGUAACUGGCUUUUUCUUUGGUAUGUUUUUCCUCCGCCACGGGCAACGCUGAGGCCUGGGCCAGAGCUGACUCCCCUGAGGCUGGAGACCACCGAGGAAGUGCCCCCUCUCCCUGCCAAAUCACCAAGAGGCAGCACUAACAUAACACAUUUCCUAACCCCAUGCCCGACCCCCCUGUCCUCUGUCCAUGGCCUGGGUGGGCAGUGCUUAGCGCCCAGGACUCUGGCAUACUCAAGUGGGGUACCUUCUGGAGGUUUCCCUUUCCCAGAGGGCAGUUACUUUCUUCCAAGGUUGCUGCAUACUCUGGGGUUCUGUGGGGUCCCUCAAGAGGCCCUACGCCUUCCACAGUCCAGACGGCUCCCUCCCUCCAUCCUUCCUCUAGGCUCCCAGGCCCAGCUCACCAUCAGGAGAGUAGCCGCCAGAACUCAGGCGUUUUCCUGGUUACCCCACCCCCUGGUACGUCCCCGCCUGCCUGACACCGCGGCCCCAGGGCCUGUCCUCCCCCUCUCUCCCCCAGGAGCCCUGCUGCUACUUCCUGCCCUACCUCAGAGCUCACUCCCACAGUGGGUUCAGCCAGCCAAGACUUCAGGGCUCGUAGGUGGGAAUGGUGCUGACUCCGAGAAGAGCAGGGCCCAGGCAAGACCCCAGCGCUCCCCCUUCUUCUGGCUUCUCCCACUCCCCGGGGGCGGGUCCAGAGCAGGUAGGCCUUGGGAAGUGAGGGAUAUGCAGGGGCCUGACCCCGUCUGAGGCCACCCUGGGCACUUGAUUCUGGCAGCCCUGGGAGGACCGGGUCAGGAUAGGGAGAGGCCCAAACCAGUCUUUGCGGAGCACAGAAAGGCCCAGAAGCAGAGAUGAGCAGGCGGGGGAACCCUGAAGACAGAGGCUCGGUGGAGGUCCCCAACCUGCCUGAUCUUUCCUGGUAUCCAGGGGCAGCGGACACCGAAGCCCCCUCCCCUGCUUUCCAAGGGCUGGGUGAGUCAGCGCCACAGGAGGGGUUGCUCCUGCCAUCCUUGGACUGAGGAGGUGUAGCGUAGCUCCCUGGGUGCACUUAGAAGACCAGCUUUCUGGCAGGACAACCACUCCGGCCCCCCACCAGUCCUCCAGGCUGCUGUGUAAGGUGACAGCCACCCCAGUUCGCCCAGGACCGGUUCUGGCACUGAAAGUCCAUUUCGCAGGAAACCCCUCAGUCCUGCCCAAAUGGGGACAGUUGGUCACCCAUUUCUGCGAGUGGCUGUGAAAGUUUGUUCUCACCCACUUGUGGGAGGUCGGGGACAGCCUUGAACAUGCCGUCCGGUGCUCACGGGGUUGGCGGAGGACGCUCAGAGGAUCUCCCGAGGAUGAAGGGUUUGAGCAUCAUGGAGAAGCUCUUCCAAUCAGCUGCCUUCUAAAGCAGGGAUAAGAGCACCCCCCUGGGGCACAUCCCUGGGGAAUCCACACACAUUCUAACCCGACCUCUCAUCACUUGGAGAGGCAGGCAGAUCCCACCCACCCGUCACUAGGACCAGGAGGCCAGGUGCCCUCCUCCACAACCUCGCAGCUUUCCAAGGGAAGCAGCUACUGCUGGUUCCACCUCUCCAUCCCCAGACGCCGCUCCUUAUGAACUUUUGCUGGGACGUGCUGAGGUCACCCUAGGCAGGAGGGUUGGCUAGAUCCUAGCAGCUGCUCUCAGAUACCUUCACAUAGAAAAUGUCAGGGGUUCCAAGAGACUUCACAGACCAGCAAAGUGUGCCCCCCCCCCUUUUGCCUGUGGGGACGGCCAGUCACUUGUCAGUCAGCAUUGGAAUGAUCCGGGAUGCUUCAGCCCUAGCUCUCUGUGCAGUCUCCAACCUGGGCGGACAGAUGCACAGGUGCCUCUAAGGGACCAGGGGUAAAACCCAGGCCUAACUUAGCCACUGGAGGCCAUGCCAUGAAGUCUGGACUAGGGAGAUGGCAUGGUGCGAGAACUUGGGGUCUGCUCUGUGGGAGCCUCCCCUAGCCCCUCACUGUGCUGUGUGCUCGAGGAGGUGGGACAGAGGGUCGUACCUCAUCACCCUGUUCUCUGUAGUGUCAUUGCUCAAGCGUGAGGACCCAAGCUGUGAGCUGCGGCAGGGGCUUGUGCACAACUGGCCUUUGUAGUCGAUCUUUUCUAGAAAAAGCAUCUCUGGCUAACAGUGCGGCAACUGGUUUGCGGUGGGUGGGUGUUCUGUACACAGGGCGGCUUUGCCUCGCCGGAUCGCGUACAUCUGCAAGUGUCCCGGCAUCCGAGCCCCUUUAAAGCAAAGAGGGGGCGGUGGUCCUGAUGGCUUGGUGCUAAUGAGAUGGAUUCUGCUGCUGCUGCUGCUUUUACACUUAAAAAACUCCAAUGGCAACAGGAAAUGUAUCAGUAAUGAUGAGAAUUCUGUCCCAUGGGAAAGGCCCUGGUGUGUACUUGAUGGAUCCAUUGGCAUUCAGAGAAAAAGUUUAGGAGCCAACUUCUUAGUUGGAAGUCUAGCCAGCUUUGGGACCUCCCUGGGAAGAGGGGGGGCCCUGACUUAGUGGAAGACGGUGGAGCAAGGAGAGUUUAGGACACCCCAUCCCCCCAAACAGAACAAAACUGAAGUUUACCCACAAAUCCGCUGUUCCUGGAAAAUCUGUAAAGAGGAAAUAGCCCUUCUCAGUUGUACUCUCAUGAUACAGGUCAUUGAAAUGAACCAAGAAAUAAAAUGAAAAAAAUCCAACCGUGGAGAAGGUGGUAUUGGCUGGGUUUUGUUUGGUCCCCAUGUCCUCACCCUUUCUAAAGAUUCUAGACUGGUUUUGUCUCAUGUGAACCUUGAUGGUGGCUCCCAGUUUGGGCAUAGAGGAAACUUCAGUGAUUUCCCAGGGCACAAGUUAAGAAACGAGUAGGAAGACCAGAGUAGGAUGUUGGGUGGGAGGCCAUGGCAGGGCCUUAGAGGAGCCAGAAUCUGCACCCACCUCUGUGUCAGGGGCCUCCCUUCCCUCCAGACUCUCCCCUCCCCCUGCGCAGUUGGCGAAGGUGGAGGGGGGUUGUGGCGAGGGGAAGUAGUGACAAACUUGUGACCAGAAGACAGAGGGGCCCAUGCCCAUGGAAGAGCACCAAAGAAAAGCACUAUGUGGAGAUUGUUUUAUUUUCUAAUAAUGAUAAUAUGGCUGGAAUGGCUUCUUAAGAUGUAUAUAUUUUUUAAAAUGGCGGUCCCUCAUUGCAUCACCCACCUGUACGUACUUCCACCUCUGUAUGUGUUCUCCCAAACACCCUAGGAUGCUUCCAUCCUGGUCCCAUGUAUCUGGAAUCUAAUAAAUAAGGAACGGCC